AUGGAAUGUCAAUCCGUUGUGGUAGCGCUGAAGAAGGAAAUCGCGCUUCAUUGUAAUGACGAAGAAUUGGAAACGCUCUUAUUGCUGAAGCACAGGCACCUUAUUUCAUUGAUAGACUUCGCCUCCUACGGCCCUCGUGGUCCUACGAUCCUUCGCUAUCAAACGCACGAUACCAUUUCUCUCUAUGAGACAUUACAGAAAGAGUCAUUCAUCAAGACAACAGACACUAUCAAGUGGAUAUACCAGGCUGCUUCAUUGGCCUACUAUCUAGCUCUUCAAGGCUGUUUUCUUUCGAUUCUAUGUGCACAGGAUUGCUAUUUGGAUGCCGGAUCUAACCUAAGAUUCCGCGGAGCAUGGAAAAGUUCUUGGCCAAGUUGGCAAGAGGACACCCUUGGUCACGCGUUUUACUGGAGGUGA